CAUUCGUUUGUUGUUGUUGUUGGUAUUGUUGUUACAGUUAAUUUUUAACACUUUCACAAGUGCAAACGAGAACAUUCCCAAAAAGAAAAAGAGAAACAAAAGGCAACAACAAAAAGGAAAAGAAAGGCGCACACACUACGCCGAAGAAAAAUAACAGUUACACGCCUUCUGUCCAUGUGCAAUUUCGCGUUAUCUACGUUUGUACGUCGUGUGUGUGUGUGAGUGAGAAGAAAUAAAAGAAGGAAAAAUUCAAAAUUGAAAAUUGAAAAUAACAUAAUUACGAGAUAUUGCAAUAGUAAAACAAAGCCGUGCGAAGUUCAAGUGUCUGUCAAGAAAAAAACCAAAAGGCGGUGCGUGCUUUUCGGGGCGUGGUCCGGUCCCACUAAUCUGGAUUCUAGAUAGUUCUACCCGCUUUCAAACACUGGAAAAACCUAUAAGCCAAAGGCAGUUUGUGUGUUUGUAAUUGUUUAUAAAACAAAUAACCAUGAAAGUCAAAGUCGAACGCACAACCCGAAGAGGCGGCGGCGGUGCCCUAGCAAAGGCGGCGGAAGAUGAUCCCAAGCUGAAGCCGGAAAACCAGGAUGGGGCUGAAGAAGAUGAGGAACUGGACGAAGAGGAGGUGGAGGAGGAGCAAUUGGACUUUCUGCCCGCCGAUCUAACCGCAACGAUAUCGACAACGGCUAAAAUAGCAGCAGCGGCAACACCAACAACCGCCGCCGUGCGCAAUCUUAUCCUCGGCACCUUUGAUGGCAUUCAGAGCGCUCCAACGCUGACAACGCCCACGUUGACGCCCACAACGAUGCGCAGCAUCGAGGAGAGCUUCUACGAGAUGACCAAUGAUCCGGUGACCGCUCCCUAUCAGGCUGGCUUCAAGCCACCGCCACUCGCUCCUCUGGUCAACAAUGGAAGCGGAAAUGGAAGCGGUAACGGAAGUGGAGUCACUGGAAUUCCGACCACCACAGCCACGGCCACCGUGGUGGGCGUGGUUAAUCCACUGACUAGCCAGCAGGUUUACGAUGUGAGCAGUGUGGUGCAGGGAACCGAUUCCGGGGACUCCAAUAGCACUUGGGGCGAAGGGCAGAACAACGACGAUCAGGACACAGACGAAACUUCAAGUGCCCACACGGACAGCACCUCGUACCAGAACGGACACAUGCCGAGCGGCAGCGGUGCCAAUGGUGGCGUCAACAACUUCAGCAAUGUCCUGGCAGCUGUGAGCUCCGGUCGCGGAUCCUCGGGCUCCAACACAAAUACCUCGAACAGUGCCACGCCAGCGCGUCGUGGAGGCGGCCGGAGACCGAAUAGAUCCGCCAACAUGACGCCGGAGGAGGAGGAGAAGCGCCGCAUUCGCCGCGAGAGGAACAAGCAGGCGGCGGCACGUUGCCGCAAGAGGCGCGUCGAUCAGACCAACGAGCUAACCGAGGAGGUGGAGCAACUGGAGAAGAAGGGCGAUCAGCUGCGCAAGGAGAUGGAAUCGCUGACGGAGGUGAAGAAGCAACUGACCUACUUCCUACAGGCUCAUCGUUCCACCUGCAGCAAGGUGCGAGCCGAUCUGCUCAGCGUGAAUACCUACAACGGGUUGAUUGCCCCUGUGGGUCUUCUCAGUGCCGGCAGCUGUGGCAGCGGAUCGAGCAGUCAUCACAACAACAAUAGCAACGAUAGCAGCAAUGGUACAAUCACCGGCAUGGACGCCACACUGAACUCCACCGGACGAAGCAACUCGCCGCUGGACCUCAAACCGGUGACCCUGCAAAACGACCUGCUGAUGCAAAUCAAGGACGAGCCUCUGGAUGGCGGCCUGGACUCCAGCUCGAGUCUGGAUCAGGACGGACCGCCGCCCAGCAAGCGAUUGCCGCCCAUGUCCACGCUGAUGACGCCGACGGGUGCCUCCACGGGCUCCCUGCAAACGCCCAUGUCGGGCACGGCGCCGAGCGGAUUUGUUAGUGCCUUCCCAGUGGUCACCACCACCACCAGCAACGGCAGCAUGAACAGUCCCACGCUGAAUGCCCUCAACAAGGUGCCCAAGGAGCGGCCCAAUACGCUGGCCGUGCAGCGACCCUUUGGCAACCACAUGCACCUGACGAUGGCCAACAACAAGCCCGGCGGUCGCACCGAGAUCCAGGGCGUUCCCAUUCAAACGCCCUCCACCGGUGUCUUCAACUUUGAUUCACUGAUGGACGGCGGCACCGGACUGACUCCCGUCUCGGGGCCGCUGGUGCCCAAUAGCUCCUCGCAGAACAAGCAUCCGCUGGAGCUGCCCACGCCCACCGCCGAGCCGUCAAAGCUGGUCAGCUUAUAACCGGAGAGGUUACCAAGUCGAGUCAGGAUUAAGUUAAGUUUUAUAUAACUUGUUGGGAGCCGGUUUCUCAAUGUUCAGCUAAGCUCAUGACACUCGACUUGACUGUCAGUUAACGUGAUCGUUAUUAUUAACCACUCUUUUGUUAACUGUCAGUUAAUCUGUUCGUAAAACUCUAACUGGACAUUGGGAAACCGGAUAGCCGUAACAAUAACAAAAACCAACAAAACAUUUUGCUAGUUGUAGGAGAUGUUUUCAUUUUUGUAAUUCGUAAUCUGUAAUUUGUAAUCGUAAAAGUUUUCGUUAACUUUAAUGUUUUUUGUAUUAUUAUCUUUAUUAUGGUUAAUUUAUGAUUUUGCUAUGUCUUUUUACAUACGCCGAGCCGAGCUACAUAUGUUAUGUACUUGUAUUGUGUGCAAUUUUCAAACCUUUUCAUUAGCGUGUUAUAUAUUUUUUCCAAAAGAAUAUAGAGAUGCGGUUAGAUCGUCGGACGAUGCUUGAUUAAUGCCAUCGGCAUUAAUCAGGGAUUUGCGAAUGAUAAGGAUUCUAGGGAGUGUAGAUUUGGAAGGAUGAUGCGUUGUGAUAUUUAUUAUAAAACGAAUACAAAAGAUAACAGAUAAACGAAAGUAGAAAAAGCUAAACGGGAGAUGAGAGCGCAGAGGAGCGUAAUGAAAGGAACUAAGCCGGUUUUAAAAUUGUACAUUUAAACAAAUCGCGUUAAUAUAUAUAUAUAUAUAUAUAUAUAUAUAUUCAAAAUACAAACUAAAUACAAUGCCUUGAGAGAGAAUUAAGAAAUGCAAAACACUUUAUAUAUAUAUAAAUAAAAGUAUAUGUUUAAACCUAAACAUUAAUCGCGUUGAAGCAGAGUUUUAUAUUGAGCGAAAGCAAAAGCAAAUGUGAAAAUGAGAUAAAUAUACUUAUUGUACUCUGUAAGCUGCAGUAGAAAACCCAAAUAUAUUUUUACUAAACGCAAAAAUGCGCUAUUUUCAAAUACCAUUUAUAAGAAAUGACAAAACGCAAAGCAAUUAUUUAAUAUGUAAUUAUGUAUGUAUGUAUUGUGCAAAAAAAAAACAGUGAAAAUCGAUCUGAAUAAGCAAAACUCUCGCCAUUUUCCACAGUAAAUUCUCAAUAAUUGUCAAAAAUCGAAACCGACAGAAACUAUAUAAAUGCACUUAAACGGGCAGAGAAAAAAUCACCAAAAUUGACAUAAAUGAAAUCAAAUCAAAUAAAAUAAAACGA